AUGCCAGGAGUACCAUCAGGAAGAGCGUGUGAAGGCUGUCGUCGCCAGAAGAAGAAGUGUGAUGAGAAACAACCAACCUGUGGACGAUGUCUCCGAUUAAACAUACCAUGUAUUGGAUCGGGACAGCGGAGAUUCAAGUUCCAGCAGGAGUAUACCAUCCCGAUAAUGGUGAAGAAAGGAAAGAUCAAGGGACAGUCGCCCAAGGAUCAGACAAGCUCUAGCAGCGACGAGGAGCGUACAGAAGUGUCCCGGGUGUCCCCACACCCAAGCAGUGCCCUGACGGUAUUAACCCAAGCGUUUGUCCAAGCUAUACACCCGUCAACGGACAUCCGAUGGAAUCUUGCGUGGAUGUAUGGAGGUUUUCUGCGGGAUGUGCCUGCUCGACUGGGCACAAACGAGGCCCUGGACACCGCCGCGGAUGCAGUGAUCUGUAUGCAUAGGGAGUUCUGUACCUCCCGGAAGGUGUCUGUUAAGGGGCUCAGUAAGUAUGGUCGUGCUUUAAAUACCCUCCAUACCUAUCUGGAUGACCCGGUCAAGGCGGCCAGCACCGACACGCUAUGCGCGGUCACGAUACUCUUGCUCUGCCAGGGUUUCCUCCCCGGUCAGGGUAAAGUGCAGUCGGGCCAUGCAGAGGGGGCUGCACAGAUUCUGAAGGCACGGAAGAAUUUCCGACCCCGAGAUGACUUCGAGGCAAAGCUACUGCUGACGCUGCGUGGUCCUGUGCUCUUCGAAGGUCUAUUCGUCAGCAGCAUUGACCUUAGCGGCGAGGAGUAUGAAAGUCUGGUUGAAAGCGACCUUGAUGCGGGCACACCAGACGGGCAUAUGAUGCGUUGUCUUGCCCGAGUGCCAGGGAUCCGAGACCGCAUCGCAUCGACGAUGCCGGGUGAUGCUGAGUUUGAAUCACUACGACACGAAACUCGGGCCCUCUACGAGAGCUAUCAACCAAUCCUGACGGCAUUACAAGCUAGAACGACUUCGAUCGAGACCCCGCUUGCCACCGGGUCCAUGUAUCGUAUGUGCACACUGCUUCAUGCCCAGUAUCAACGCAUGUACGGCCUUGGUCUUACUGUGGCUAUUAUCCUGAACUGUUUGGCCCGGGCAUUGGACCCAGACGACCCUACGCUUCCCGUGGAAUCGACUUAUUUCGCGCAGGAGAUUGUCCUUUUGUCGGAUACUCAGGUCGCAUUUCGUCCCUUGGGGUCCUUUUACAUGCUGGUCUGCUUGUUGACAGCGAGAGUGGGCACUGCGGACAAGAUCAUCCGGGCUACGGUGGAAAAGGCGCUGGAUGACUAUCAGCGCGACUUCGAUGGGGGAUGUGCCGCUGAGACGAUUGCAGAAUUUGAGGAAAAGGUACGGCACGUGUCGGUCUUUUCUGCGAAUGAAGAGGACAAUGCAGUGAGUCGCUUGGAGUAUACUACUUUAGUUGAAGUCUAG